AUGUUCGCGAUCACAGGGAAGUUACUCGGCCUCGGUCUUUUUAUGGCUCUUGCGGCCGCGCAGGCGAAGAACGCGUCCAAGGAAUCCGACUCCUGGAAGCCCCUGCAGCCCCAGAAACGACAGGCCAUUGUGAAACUGGACCCCCUGGGCCCGGCCGCAGCCAAGAGCUACGAUCCUCCGCCGGAGUUUUACCGAGGACCCGGCUCAACGACCUCCAAGUUGGACAGCACAGCAGCUGGCUUUAUAUCCAAGCCCAUUGGCGCACUGCCUCCGGCUGGAGGAGCACAUGGUGGGCCGCAGGUCAGCAGCCUGAAUGAGAAUCUGAGCGAGGCCUACGACAAGUGGCGUUUGGGUGGAAACAUCCACGAUCGGAUUAGCGUGGGUCACUAUGCCAGCAGUGGAAGUGCUGGGAAGAGCUACGGCUACGAAAGUCACCCCUAUCCCUACGACUACGGAUCCUCCAACGGACAUGGCUACGAGCCAGGACCAGCUCCUGGCCAUGGCUACUCCUCCAGCGGAGAGGCGGGAGUGCCGUACCACGCUUACAGACCCCGACCGGAGCAUGGUCACUAUGCAGGACCACCGGUGGACUACUCCUACAGCUCGUUCCCCGUGGACUCCCACGAGCUCGUCUCCCACAAGGGUUCGCCGGAGCUCUCGCCCAAAGCCCUGCUGGCCAAGAGCUUCCUCAUUCCGCUGGCCAGUGCCACCGUGCUGGGCAUCGCCGCUGCCCUGAUCAGUAAUCCCCUCCUGCUGCAGCUGGCCCCGGUGCCCGGGAUCGGAGUAGGGGUUGGAGUGGGACCCUCAGUGGUGGGCAAGCGCAGGAGGAGACGACGGGCUGUGAAGCGGGUUCCGAGAUCUGGGGAAACCUAG